AUGACUUCUGGCAGCAACCAUGAAGCGCUUAUGGAGUUCCCCUCGAUCGUUCACUUAAACAUCGGUGGACAACGGCUGACAACAACGUUGGCAACCUUGAGGGCAGAACCCGAUUCCAUGUUGGGCCUCAUGUUCAGUGGCAAGCAUCCUGUUCUUCGUGAUGCCGAUGGUUGCUAUUUCAUCGAUCGAGAUGGAAGGCAAUUUCAUCACAUCCUGAACUAUUUGCGUGAUGGAACUCUUCCAAUUGGCCUUUCCAGGGUGGAUCGCCUGGAGCUUCUCCGGGAGGCCGACUUCUAUGGGCUGAGGGCUCUCUAUGGCUUCAUCGGUGGGCCGACGGUGCAGGCCGCCAUGAUGACCGGAGGCGGCACAGGCGCUUGGCUUCGAAGCCUUUGGGACGACCUGGCGAAGACAGAAGCAGCGGACUUCUCAGUGAACAGCCACAGUCACAGAGUUUACGCUCGACUGCGAUAUGGGCAAGAAUACAGUGGAGACUGGAUCGUAUCCUCUCCCAGGAAUCUGCCCCACGUCCAGUACGAACUUUAUGACGCAUGCUUAGCGAGAGAUCCCAUCACGGCGCUCAACAAAAUGGGUGCUGCUGGUUUCAGACCCUGCUUGGAGCCUCCCGUGAUGCCCGCAAGCAGUGCGUCCUGUCACGACAACUGGGAGAUCAUGAUGUACAAGGAUGUCUGGCAGUGA